AUGGGAUUAAUACGCGAUGCUAUAGGUUCGGCUCUUGGAGCUAAUCAGCUGAACAACGGAAUUUAUGGUGGGCCUAGACUACCCUUCACGAAUAAUAACAGUCGUAAUAGCCCUCAACGCCCUCUAUCAACUGGGAAGCGGUCAUCAUCUUAUAACCAAGCGGAUGCGGAUUAUACGAAUCGCAAAAAAAACGUUAGAAGCUCAUCAGAUGGAAGCAGCUUUGGCAACCGGCCUCUUGGCCAAAGUGGUCGACACUAUCGAGCUGAACAAUGUCAAGAUGAUCAUUAUCGCUCAUCAAUCGGUAGCCAUUGGAUUGACGAUAUGCAACGCAUACACAAUGGUUACGACGGCCAAAUUUUACAAUUCCCUGCUGGCAGUGAGACUUAUACAGGUGAUGGGCAAGUAUACCAAAUGCAGUCAUACAAUCAACAACCAUGCGCUAGUGAAUACUACAUCGGCGACAGAGGGUGGUCUCGAGGCCCUAUAUUCCGUCCACUGGCCUUGCCACAGAUUGCUCAUGGAGAUGGACAGCCUUUUCUCCGUGGGUACAGCCAGGAACUAAGCCACUACAAUAUCACAAUGGAACUCUUCAUGCAAGUUUUGGACGCAAUCAAUAUUGCCAUCGUUCCCAGCCCAGAGAAUCAGAUCUUCCAGAAAGCUGCAAAAAUCGCCAGUUGGUUCGUGCCUGGAGCUGCUGGCAUCGGUCUCACAAUCGGCCAAAUUGGUAUCGGACUCGGCGUGGCAGCCGGCCAGGCAUCACAACUCUCUUCUGCAUUGUUAAACGCCAACAUGAAUCUCUUUCUGCCAACCGGUCUUGAAUUAUGCAUUGGAAGUUCAACUGAUGUCGAUGCUGAAGUUGGCAUCCCAAAGGGCGAUGCACGACCAUAUUCCAUAACCGCAUCACCGAAGCAAAGAAUAGCGUGUUAUGGCGAUCUUAUUGCUCCGAUUUCACAAGUCCUACAACCACAGCAACAGUGUGGUCGCAAUGAUCCAAUUGCUCUACUGGGCCGAGGAAUGUCCGAUAGAGAUAAUCAAAAGAAAAUCGAGAAAGCGCAAAAGGAAUCGGAAAAGGGGAAAAGAAAAGAGAUCGAUAAUCUAGAAGGGAGCCUCAAAUGGCUUAUAGUAAGACAGGCUAGUGCAGAUGCACUGGCGUAUUGGGAGACACACCACCAGUGAUAAAGGAACAUUGUUUACCGUAGCAACAUAUAGAU